AUGUCAACUUAAGCGGUCUAUCUGAAUCCGCGCCUGAUCGACUUCCGUGUUAAUUGUUCAAAACCGCCGAGAAAACAGAACAAAUGUUGGCGAACAGUGCAAUUAACCCUGCGAAGAAUUGCAUCAGGAAUGCAUGCAUUUCUACAGAACGGUUGUGUCGUCUGGCUACAACAAACGGAGUUGGGCAUUCCUCAACAAUGGAUUUGAUUGACCAGGCCAAAAAAGCUGCAGCAUGUGCAGCAGUGAACAACCACGUGAAGGACAAGUGUAGACUGGGUGUAGGAAGUGGUUCUACCAUUGUGUUCGCUGUUGAAAGACUAGCGGAGAGAGUAAGAGAAGAGAAGCUUCAAGUCACAUGUGUACCUACUUCAUUCCAAGCAAAGCAGCUCAUCGUAGAGAAUGGUUUGACCCUGAGUGACCUCGAGAGAACGCCAGAGUUAGAUGUUGCUAUCGAUGGAGCCGAUGAAGUGGAUAGUAGUUUAACGUGUAUCAAAGGAGGAGGAGGCUGCCUGACGCAAGAAAAGAUUGUCGCUGCUAAUGCUGAUACAUUCAUUGUUAUAGCAGACUACAGGAAACAGUCUUCAGACCUAGGUAUCAACUGGACCAAAGGCAUUCCAAUAGAAGUCAUUCCCAUGGCCUAUCGCCCAGUCAUCAAGACUAUCCAGACCAAGUUUGGUGGCUCACCAGAACUCAGGAUGGCCAAAGCCAAAGCAGGACCAGUAGUGACAGAUAAUGGCAAUUUCAUCUUGGACUGGAAGUUUGAUAGAAAGCCUGAAAGCUGGGAUUCAGUCAACAGGGACCUUAUGAUGAUUCCAGGUGUCGUGGAUACAGGGUUGUUCAUCAACAUGGCCAAGAGGGCGUACUUUGGAAUGGCUGACGGGGGUGUUCAGAUUCAAGAUCCUUGAUCUCAGGGAGCCAUUCACAUUUGAGGCUGUACAUCUUGCAUACUUCAAGGAGAAGAAUUCCAUUUCCAACCGGCUCCUCCUUUUUGAGCUAGUGCUCAAAUUUGCAUUUGCCUUUAGAAGUAAUUUUGAGCGAUUUUAAACCAUAUUCCUGUACAAGAAUAUUCCAGCGUAAUGUUUAUUAUGCCUUUGUUGUUCAACCAUAUCGAAGAUCCCCAGGAGCAGUGUUUCACAGAAGAGCAAAUGGAGAAUGCCUGUUCAAUUCUAUAUUGCACUACCAGCUAGACUAAACUUAUUUUGAUAUACAUGUAUUAUUAUUAUUACACAAUUGGAUUGGAUGAAUUUAAGUCUUCCCAGAGUCCUCUCAAACCAACAAAGAGAACUUUCAGCACAAAAUACCCAUUCAGGAAGGAUGGGUCUUUGACUGAAAUUUUCAUACACCGCAGUUUGUUGUGCAGAGGGUAUUUAAUGAAAGUAGAACUAAAGAUAUGUUGCACAAAGAAUCGUGGUCAAUGCUGCUUAGUGCGGACUGCUUGCUGUAAAGCAGGGAGUGUGAAUCUAUACAAACUUUAAAUGUUCAAGGGAGAGAAAGAAAUGGCUGAAAGGAUUCUGUAUCUAAAUCAUGGUCUUCCCUGUGGCAUAGUUAAUGACUCAAUUUUAUGAGGUAAAGAGCUGGGCCGGUAUUCUGUUAAGAGUAUUGAUUAAGUUAGAGUUUUAUUUAGCAUUUUUACUUUGCUAAGCAAAAUGCUUGUAUUCAGAUCCCCAAUGUUUUACUUUAUCGUGCCAAAUUUUAGCAAAUACUUACUAAAAACCAUUGUGACGUCAUAAAGUUUACGCAAAAUAAUGCUCAAAGCCAGUA